AUGAGACCUGAUUUAUUUAAGGCUACUAUAGCUGGAGUACCAUUUGUAGAUGUUGUGACUACAAUGCUUGGUCCAACUAUUCCUCUUACAACUGCAGAAUGGGAGGGUGAUCCUCGGAAAGAAGAGUUCUACUUUUACAUGAAAUCAUAUUCACCAGUUGAUAAUAUGAGUGCCAAUGUUGUCAAAAGUGAUAUUCAGGAUGUGAUUGAUAAAGAUGGUGAGGGGUUCACUAUCGUCACAAAAAAAUCUGGAAAUGCAGGGACUGCUACUGUGAAGGGGUACGGUACAGGUGAUAUUCAUCCCAAUGUUUCUGGAAGCAAAGGUAGUAAUUGGAAUGGAGGGAAUAACAAAAGAGGAAGCUAUAAUAGUGUUAAUAAGGAUAAGCAGGGGCAGUCUUCUCCUGAUUCUAUGGAAAAGAUAUCAGCAGAAUCCUGUCCUACUUCUAAUCUGUUGGUCAAUAAUUCUGACAGUGGUCAAAUUGAGGCUAUAGAAUCUAAGUGUGAUACCAGGGUGAAUUCCAAUCUUGGGAACCAUGAUUGUUUAAAUCCUAUGAAUGACAUCCUUGAUACCAUGGUGUUGAAAGUUCGUGCACACAGUGAAUCUUGUAGAGCUGUUAGAUUUAUCAGUGAAGGACUUGUGAUCCUCACUGGUUCUCCAUAUUGUUCUAUUCUUGCAAUUGAUAUUGAAACAGGAUCUCCAGUUAGUUAUGGAUGGAUGUUCAUACAAUUAGCUGUGAGAGGGUAUGGUUUAUCCUACCCGUCAUCUUCAGAGGUCCGCGUCCGGUUUUUACUGAAUACACCUAGCAUGCUGAAUCUUAACCAAGAAUCAUUCUUUUUACUUCACAGACAUUUGAACAUUUCUAUUUGUUAUCAGAAUUGUUACUUUGCUCUAAGAAAUAAUUGUCAUAAACGGAUUACUCUACCAUACACAGGGGACAAAUACCUGCUUCAUAAACAAAGCACAAAAUGGAUCACAGUUAUGACAAUGGCGCCUCCAAGGCUGGAAAAGGGUGUCGGGGUGUUAGAUAAGCCAGUAAUAGAGAAAACAACUCCUGGAAGAGAGUCUGAGUUUGACUUGAGGAAAUCAAGGAAAAUGGCACCACCAUAUAGAGUGAUGCUACACAAUGACAACUACAACAAGAGGGAAUAUGUUGUGCAAGUAUUGAUGAAGUUAACUAGAAUUGGUCGAGAUGCAGUUUUAUAUGUUGAGUCGCUCACUGAGUCAAUCAUGGGAGGAUUUGAAGAGCUAAUCAACAUUCUUGAUUCUGAAGGAGCUUCUACCAAAAGUCAGCUGAAACUACAAAGGGCUUUUGAUGGGCAGGAAAGAUAUAUGAAGAGAUCUUGGGAGCCAAGUGAUAAAGCUGAUCUUCACUUUGUCUACAAAGAUGUUGAAGGAGUAUCAACUCAAUGGGAUGAUAUUCAAAGAAAACUCAGGAACUUACCUCCUAAACCCUCUGCCUUCAAACCCGAUCCCUUCACUCCUGCAGAAGACGAAGAUUCCAAACCUAAAACCAAAUCUCGGAUCAAUAAAAAGACAGAAGAACUCAAAGAUUUAGAAGAUGAUCCUGAUGAUAGUUGUUUCCUCAAAGAAUACAAAAAGAGGUUAGCAGAGAUGAAGCAAACAGUGGAAGUUUGA